AUUAUCAUUAACAUCACCGCCAACUUGUUGCUCUUGAAAAAUGUAUUUGAAUUAUUUCGCGACGGAAAUCUUCCAUCGUAGUGCGGUUUGUGAAACAGAAGCUUGUCGCUCGUCAAAAAUAAUGAUUGCUGACGUGUUCAAAUGGAAAUUCGAUGCAAACGAAUUGUGGAGUCUUUUAACGAAUCAGGAUGAAGUUUUCCCGCAUAUUAGAGCACGGCGAUUCAUUCAAGAACAUUUUGGUCUAUUCGUCCAGAUGGCAAUUGCAUAUGUCAUUUUGGUGUUCUCAAUCAAAAGGUUCAUGAGGGAUCGUGAACCAUUUCAACUCACCACAGCUCUUCGUCUCUGGAACUUCUUCCUCUCCGUCUUCUCAAUUUAUGGUUCCUGGACAAUGUUUCCAUUUAUGGUUCAACAAAUAAGACUUUAUGGUCUCUACGGAUGUGGAUGCGAAGCACUUUCAAACCUUCCGAGUCAAGCAGAAUAUUGGCUUUUCCUGACGAUCUUGUCCAAAGCUGUGGAGUUUGUUGAUACAUUUUUCUUGGUUCUCCGGAAAAAACCACUCAUCUUCCUACACUGGUAUCAUCAUAUGGCAACAUUUGUCUUCUUCUGCAGUAAUUACCCGACUCCAUCGUCACAAUCACGCGUCGGAGUUAUCGUCAACCUGUUCGUGCAUGCCUUCAUGUACCCAUACUAUUUCACCCGAUCAAUGAACAUCAAAGUUCCUGCGAAAAUUUCAAUGGCUGUUACAGUUCUUCAAUUGACUCAAUUCAUGUGCUUUAUCUAUGGAUGUACUCUCAUGUACUACUCGUUGGCCACUAAUCAGUACACCUGCGACACUCCAAUGUUUGUCCUACACUCUACAUUUGCUUUGAGCAGUUCCUAUUUUGUGCUCUUUGCCAACUUCUUCCAUAAGGCUUAUUUGCAACGAGGAGGAAAACGAGAACAUCCGAAUCAGACAAAGAAAAUUAACUAAUUUUUGAUGUUUCUUCUUAAUUCUUCUUAAUCCCUCUUAAUUUUUAGUUAUUAUUUAUUCAUGAAACCGAUGUAUUUUAUAUCGGAUUUAUGACUGAAUAAUAUCAAUCUAAUUGGUGAAUCUUUUUUUGAUUGGUAUCAUUUUUUGAUAAUAAUAAAAAGUCAAUCAAAUUA